UCGGCGGCCAUGUUUAUUGGGUGUCGCAUAUUGAGCUGUCAAGUCGUCAGCGGCCCUUCGAGUUGAAAGUACGUGAAAUCUCGCCCCCAGACAACCCCGUCGAAGACUCCGCCCGUUUAGUUCGGGUUAGUUUUAAGUUUGUUUUGUGAAUCACCGGACGGAACCAUGUCGCAGCCCACCCUGCUGCCCAUCAAGUUCCAGGAACACUUGCAGCUCACCAACAUUGGCAUCAAUGUGGCCAACAUCUCCUUCGCCACCCUCACCAUGGAGAGCGACAAGUUCAUUUGCGUGCGCGAAAAAGUGGGGGAAACCUCCCAGGUGGUGAUCGUGGACAUGGCGGAUUCCGCCAACCCGAUCCGGCGGCCAAUCACAGCCGAGAGCGCCAUCAUGAACCCCGCCUCGAAAGUGAUCGCCCUCAAAGGUAGGAAACGCCCCCCCAGUCCAAGUUCUCGUUCAACCUGGCUUUGCCUGACUUUUGCAGGCAAGGCGGGCGUCGAGGCGCAGAAGACGCUGCAGAUCUUCAACAUCGAGAUGAAGUCCAAAAUGAAGGCGCACACCAUGAAUGAUGACGUGAUUUUCUGGAAGUGGAUCAGCCCGAACACGCUGGCCUUGGUUACCGAAUCCUCGGUCUUCCAUUGGUCCAUGGAGGGCGACUCACAGCCUGUAAAGAUGUUUGACAGACACUCGUCGCUGAAUGGAUGCCAGAUAAUCAACUACCGAACAGAUCCGAAGCAAAACUGGCUGCUGUUGGUGGGAAUCAGCGCUCAGCAGGCCCGAGUGGUGGGCGCCAUGCAACUCUACUCCGUCGAACGGAAGUGCUCCCAGCCUAUCGAAGGCCACGCGGCCUCGUUCGCCACCUUCAAAAUGGAGGGCAACCCCGAGCCCUCCACGCUGUUCUGCUUCGCCGUGCGCAAUCUCCAAGGGGGCAAACUGCACAUCAUUGAGGUGGGGCAGAGCCCCCCGGGCAACCAGCCCUUCCCCAAGAAGACUGUCGACGUGUUCUUCCCGCCGGAGGCGCACAACGACUUCCCAGUAGCCAUGCAGGUUUCGAACAAGUACGACGUCAUCUAUCUCAUCACCAAGUACGGGUACAUCCACAUGUACGACAUCGAGAGCGCCGUCUGCAUCUACAUGAACCGCAUCUCCAGCGAAACCAUCUUUGUCACUGCACCGCAUGAGGGAACCGGCGGCAUUAUCGGGGUGAACAGGAGAGGCCAGGUGCUGUCUGUUUCGGUGGACGAGGAGAGUAUCAUUCGCUACGUGAACCAGGUGCUGCAUAAUCCCGAUUUGGCGCUGCGUCUGGCCACUCGCAACAACCUAUCGGGCGCUGAAGAGCUCUUCGUCAGCAAGUUCCAGUUGCUGUUCCAGAACGGACAGUACACGGAAGCGGCCAAAGUGGCUGCUAACGCCCCUAAGGGAAUCUUGCGCACGCCCGCUACCAUCCAGAUGUUCCAGCAAGUGCCCACUCAGGCAGGGCAGAACAGCCCGCUUUUGCAGUACUUUGGCAUUCUGCUCGAUCAGGGACAACUGAACAGAUACGAGUCCCUGGAACUGUGCAAGCCAGUGCUGCUGCAAGGCCGCAAACAGCUGCUGGAGAAGUGGAUCAAGGAGGAGAAGCUGGAGUGCAGCGAAGAGCUGGGCGAUCUGGUCAAGCAGGUGGACGCCACGUUGGCUCUUUCGGUCUACCUGAGGGCCAACGUGCCGGCCAAGGUGAUCCAGAGCUUCGCCGAAACGGGGCAGUUCCAGAAAAUCGUGCUCUAUGCCAAGAAGGUGUCCUACACGCCCGACUACGUGUUCCUGCUGAGGCAGGUGAUGCGCACCAACCCGGAGCAAGGCGCUGCCUUUGCAAGCAUGCUGGUGGCCGAUGAGGAGCCCUUAGCCGACAUCAAUCAAAUCGUCGACAUUUUCAUGGAGCAGAACAUGGUGCAGCAAUGCACCGCCUUCCUGCUCGACGCCCUCAAGAACAACAGGCCGACUGAGGGCCAUUUGCAGACCAGGCUGCUUGAGAUGAACCUGAUGUCGGCGCCGCAAGUCGCCGACGCCAUCUUAGGCAACAACAUGUUUACGCACUACGAUCGGGCUCACAUUGCUCAGCUCUGCGAGAAGGCGGGCCUACUUCAAAGGGCGCUGGAACACUACACGGAUCUGUACGACAUCAAGAGGGCGGUCGUGCACACCCAUCUACUUCCAGCCGAGUGGUUGGUCAGUUUCUUUGGCACGCUGAGCGUUGAAGACAGUUUGGAGUGCCUCAAAGCCAUGUUGACUGCAAACAUCCGGCAAAACCUGCAGAUUUGCGUGCAAAUCGCCACCAAAUACCACGAACAGCUCACCACCAAAGCCCUAAUCGACCUGUUCGAGAGCUUCAAGAGCUACGAGGGCCUGUUCUACUUCCUGGGCUCGAUCGUCAACUUCUCCCAAGACCAGGAGGUGCAUUUCAAGUACAUUCAAGCCGCCUGCAAAACCGGUCAGAUCAAGGAAGUGGAGAGGAUUUGCAGGGAAUCCAACUGCUACAGCCCGGAGCGAGUGAAGAACUUCCUCAAGGAGGCCAAGCUAACCGACCAAUUGCCGCUGAUUAUCGUGUGCGAUCGCUUCGACUUCGUGCACGAUCUGGUGCUGUACCUGUACAGAAACUCCUUGCAAAAGUACAUCGAGAUAUACGUCCAGAAGGUGAACCCCAGCCGGCUGCCAGUCGUAGUGGGCGGGCUUCUGGAUGUGGACUGUUCGGAGGAUAUCAUCAAGAACCUGAUUCUGGUCGUUAGAGGGCAAUUUUCUACUGAUGAGCUGGUCGAAGAAGUGGAGAAAAGGAACAGGUUGAAGUUGUUGCUGCCCUGGCUGGAGAGCCGAGUGCAUGAGGGCUGCGUUGAGCCGGCCACGCACAACGCACUGGCCAAGAUCUACAUCGAUUCGAACAACAACGCAGAGCGCUUCCUGAAGGAGAACCAAUGGUACGACUCGCGCGUGGUUGGGCGCUACUGCGAGAAGCGCGACCCCCACUUGGCCUGCGUGGCGUACGAGCGCGGCCAAUGCGAUCGCGAGCUGAUCGCAGUCUGCAACGAGAACUCCCUGUUCAAGAGCGAGGCGCGCUACUUGGUGCGUCGCCGCGACCCCGAGCUGUGGGCCGAAGUCCUGCAGGAGGCCAACCCGUACCGCAGACCACUUAUCGACCAGGUCGUCCAGACGGCCCUUAGCGAGACGCAAGAUCCUGAGGAUAUUUCGGUAACUGUCAAGGCGUUCAUGACCGCCGAUCUGCCCAACGAGCUCAUCGAGCUGCUGGAGAAAAUCGUGCUGGACAGUUCAGUGUUUUCCGAUCACCGGAACUUGCAGAACCUGCUGAUUCUUACAGCAAUUAAGGCGGACGCGACGCGCGUCAUGGACUACAUCAACCGCUUAGACAACUACGACGCGCCCGACAUUGCAAACAUCGCCAUCAACAGCCAUCUCUACGAGGAGGCGUUUGCGAUUUUCAAGAAGUUCGACGUCAACACCUCGGCCAUCCAGGUGCUCAUCGAGCAGGUCAACAAUCUGGAUCGCGCCUACGAGUUCGCAGAGCGGUGCAACGAGCCGGCGGUGUGGAGUCAGCUGGCCAAGGCCCAACUCAACCAAGGCCUGGUGAAGGAAGCGAUCGACUCGUACAUAAAGGCGGACGAUCCGUCCGCCUACAUGGCAGUGGUCGAGACUGCGUCCCAAAACGACGGUUGGGAGGAUUUGGUGCGCUACCUGCAAAUGGCCAGGAAGAAGGCCCGAGAGAGCUACAUCGAAUCGGAGCUGAUCUACGCCUAUGCGCGCACCGGAAGACUGGCCGACUUGGAGGAGUUCAUUUCCGGGCCGAACCAUGCAGACAUUCAGAAGAUAGGCGACCGCUGUUUCGAUGACGGCAUGUACGAUGCAGCGAAGCUGCUCUACAACAACGUUUCGAACUUUGCGCGACUGGCCAUCACUCUGGUGCACCUCAAGGAGUUCCAGGGUGCGGUGGACAGUGCCCGGAAGGCGAACAGCACCCGCACUUGGAAGGAAGUUUGCUUCGCGUGUGUGGAUGCGGAAGAAUUCCGUCUGGCGCAGAUGUGCGGGAUGCACAUCGUGGUCCAUGCCGAUGAGCUCCAAGACCUGAUCGACUACUAUCAGGAUCGGGGCUACUUCGAGGAGCUGAUCGGCCUGCUAGAGGCGGCUUUGGGCCUGGAAAGAGCCCACAUGGGCAUGUUCACUGAGCUGGCCAUCCUCUACUCCAAGUACAAGCCGGCGAAAAUGCGCGAGCACUUGGAGCUGUUCUGGUCGCGGGUCAAUAUCCCCAAGGUUCUAAGGGCUGCUGAGCAGGCCCAUCUGUGGGCCGAGCUGGUGUUCCUCUACGACAAAUACGAAGAGUACGACAACGCGGUGCUGGCCAUGAUGGCGCACCCGACGGAGGCGUGGCGCGAGGGCCACUUUAAAGACAUCAUCACCAAGGUGGCCAACAUCGAGCUCUACUAUCGGGCCAUCCAGUUCUACCUGGAUUACAAGCCGCUGCUUCUCAAUGAUCUGCUGUUGGUGUUGGCGCCCCGCAUGGACCACACCAGGGCCGUGUCAUUCUUCACGAAAACCAACCAUCUUCAACUGGUCAAGUCCUACUUGCGUUCCGUACAGAACCUCAACAACAAAGCGAUCAACGACGCCCUCAACUCGCUGCUGAUUGAGGAGGAAGACUUCCAGGGCUUGCGAACAUCCAUCGACGCGUUUGAUAACUUCGAUAACAUCGGGCUGGCGCAGCGUUUGGAGAAGCACGAACUGACCGAGUUCAGGCGAAUCGCCGCUUAUCUGUACAAAGGCAACAACAGAUGGAAGCAGAGCGUGGAGCUAUGCAAGAAGGACAGACUGUUCCGGGACGCGAUGGAGUAUACGGCCGAGAGCCGCAAUCAGGAGCUGGCCGAAGAGCUGCUCGCUUGGUUCCUAGAGCGCAAGGCCUACGACUGUUUUGCGGCCUGUCUCUAUCAGUGCUACGACCUUUUGCGCCCCGAUGUUAUAAUGGAACUGGCCUGGCGGCAUCAGAUCAUGGACUUCGCCAUGCCCUAUCUGAUCCAGGUGACUCGCGAGCUGACCACCAAGGUGGACCGGCUGGAGAAGUCGGACGCAGAGCGUCAAACAGAGGCCGCCGAGCAGGACGCCAAACAGCCCAUGAUGAUUCCAGAGCCGCAGCUCAUGUUAACCGCCGGCCCGGGGAUGGGAAUCCCUCCGCAGAACUUUGUGGCGCCGCAGGCCUACCCGCAGCCAGGCUACGCUCCCCAGAUGCCCUAUCAGGGGGGCUACCCGGGGGCCAUGUAGGGCGCGGCCCCCCUGUUCGGGGCUCCACAGCAGCAUAGGAAAUUCUUUUAGCGACUAGUAGCGCACCGCCUCUUACAGAUGGUGUUUGGGGUACUACUCUGUAUAAAAUCGAGUAUUAAAUUAUAUUCCGCCCUUCUGGAAGUACCAGAUCGCGCGCGUACUGUUAGAUGGUAAUUACGCCAGUUGCUAGUAGGGGGCGCAACAGCAGCGCCCGCCUUUGUUCCUAGAUUCAGAACAUGCCGCUUUCAGACGUUGUACAUGUUUAUGUGCUACACGGCAAAAUUGGGGCGUGAACCAUAGGGAAUUACUCGCUACUAGGAAUUUCCGCCCCUUGGGGGGAGGUCCCUACGAAAUGUAUAUAGCAACCGGUUUUGCUGUCAAGAUUAUCUAGCCUAAGCAAAUUGCGUUAUCAUUCCCAAGUUUCUUUUCUAUUAUUAUUAUUACUAAAGUAGCCACUGUUCUAAUUCUAUACAUUUAUAUAUAUAUAUAUAAACGCUGUUGUAACUUAUUUUAAACUGUUUUUAUGACGUCCUCUGUCGUUAUUCACACUUCGAGUUGGUGUUUCAUUUGUAGCGUAAGUUUACUGCAAGUAUAGUUUUUUUCAACAUUUAGUGAAUAAACUGUUUAAAGCCCA